AUGCCUAUCCAUUCCGCCUCUUCCCCAAUUUCCGUACCAGAUGUAGAUCUAUGGAGCUUCCUUUUUGAACGAACGGUUCUUGAAUACCCGGAAGACCACGCAAUAUUCGUGGACCUAUCCAAUGGCAAGAGACACACCUUCCAAAGCCUCCGCCAGACCUCGAUAGAAACCGGCCGCGGCUUGCUCACAAAAUGGAGCUGGCAAAAAGGCGACAUAAUGGCCAUCUUCUCCCCCAACAGCGCCGAUAUUGGCGCCAUAGUAACCGCCACUCUCUGGGCAGGCGGCGUCGUCUGUCCCAUCAAUAACCUUUACACCGUCGGCGAGCUCUCGUCCUUGCUCAGAUCCUCCGGCGCCAAAGCUCUCACCACCCACGUGAGCUGUCUCGACGCAGCCCGCGAGGCGGCGCUCAUUGUAGGGUUACCGUUGAAUCGGAUCAUUCUUGUUGGGGAGCCGGAUGUGAAGGGGAAGGCGAGGCAUUUUGAGGAAUUGAGGGAGGAGAGGGAGGUUGUGGGGAAAGUGAGAGUGGAUCCCAAGGAGGAUUUGGCGUUUCUGGGCUCGGAUGCUGAGAGGGAUGCGAUGAAUUGGAGGGACGAUUCUAUGAUUUCGUUUUUGCCUAUGUUUCAUAUCUAUGGUAUCGCAGCUCUAAUAUUCAUCCCGAUUUACAAAGGGGUGACGAUGCAUAUAAUGCAGCGCUUUGACUUAGAACAAUUUUUGUCCUCGAUCCAAACCUACAAAGUCACUAUCGCAUAUGUCGUCCCACCAAUAGUGCUUCUCCUCGCAAAGCACCCCCUCAUCGACAGGUUCGACUUGAGUUCGCUGCGAAUUCUGCAUUCCGCAGCAGCACCACUCACGCAUGACUUGAUUGAAAUGAUAUACUCUCGACUAAAAAUACCCAUCAAACAGAGUUACGGCAUGUCAGAAGCCGCACCCGCAAUAUCAACACAGAAAACAGCAGACUGGAACAAUCCUGUCGGCUCAGUCGGCAAACUCGUCCCGUCUAUGUCCCUCAAGAUCGUCUCCAACGGCAGCGAAGUCCCCGUCGGGCAAGAAGGCGAGAUCUGUCUCCGCGGCCCCAACAUCUUCAAAGGCUACUAUCAGAACCCCCCGCAACGGCGGAAGCGCUCACCAAUGGCUGGUUCCGCAGCGGGGACAUCGGAACUCAUCAAAUACAACGGGUUUCAAGUUGCGCCAGCACAGUUAGAGGGGUUGUUGCUAGGCCACCCGGCGGUGGACGAUGUCGCUGUUAUUGGCGUGUAUAACAGACAGAGGGCGACGGAAUUGCCGCGGGCGUAUGUAGUUCCCAGUAAGGGGUACGAGGCGGGAGAGAACCUGGAGAAGGAGAUUAGGGCGUGGUUAGAGGGUAGGGUGGCUCCGCAUAAGAGGUUGAGGGGGGGCGUGAGGUUUGUGGAGACUAUUCCGAAGAGUACUACUGGGAAAGUUCUGCGACGGAUCUUGGUAGAGCAAGUGAAGUUGGAAGAGGAGGAAGGGAAGGUGCCGUCGAAGUUGUGA